UUGGCCUAAGCAAGUGUUGCCUGGUUGCGGUGUUGCUUUGUGAAUUGCUCAAAUAAGCAGCUAAUAUUUCUUUACAUUAAAUUUGAUUGUGAAACAGAUACAAUUAGUUUUUAACAUUACCAAAUAACCUUGAUUUGUUGACAUUACAUCCAAUACUUGAGUGUGCAGCGUUCGGGGACAUUAGAAAUUUCCUUUCAUUAUCACCCACGCUAAAUGCAACCUUUUCCAAUUGUGACGGCAACUGACUGCAUUUCAUUUUUUCCACGGUGUGUUUGUGUGCUCCAAUAAACGUCUAAGCUUCGCUGAAAAACUGCUCCGCGAAUGUAUAAGCAAAAUUAAUUUUUUAUUAAUACUAGUGAAGAAGUAAAAUGUAUGUAAAAUUCUUAAAAUUUUUAUGAAAUCACUUAAACGCCGCGUUCACUAUAGACAAAUUUAACGUCCUUUUAAACAUCUUUCCAUCCUGUUCAUCGGUGAAUGUGCGAUUCUUAAUUUUUUCGUUACCUUUUCAAUUCUUUAUUCGCCUAUUAAUUUUUUUACCAUAAUGGUAUGUUCAAAAGUGCAGAGCUGAAAAAAUUAUAGUGGAAAACGAAACUGAAGUAAAAGAAUAAGCGAGAAUUGACUACUAAUCAACCGACCGAAAAGCAAGUGGACGCAUUUCUAGCUCCACAAAAAGUUGAAUGAAAAAAAAAUACUAUUUUCUUAAAAGAGAAAAAGAAGUUCGGUUGAAAUGUGGAAAAAAUUGUGAAGUGCUAAAAGCGGCGUAUCAUAAAAAAGGGUAAAAGUGAGCAACGGAGAGUUGAACUGCAAUUGUCACCAGCUGCUGUUGUUACAAAUUUGCUUCCGCCAACUGCGCUCGCUCUGCCGCUUGUGCUUUGUGCUGGAGCGCUUGUGGGACACCUUGUUGGUGACAUUCCGGAUUCUGAAGCCGCCAGCGUUAAAGCCAUGCUGAAGUUUACCUCCUACACCCACAUAUAGCCCAACAAGUACGGAAUCAAGUGUUUUACCCAACCUCUGCAUUAAUUUUGAUAGCCGCCGCAGUUGAGCGCUUACCGGUCACCGACGCUCCUCAGUUUGCUAUCGCACGCCCGACCGUUUGCAACUGUUCGGUAUACCAAUAUCCAUUUGAAGCGCUACAAAUUGAACUACAACAACAUCAUCACCUCCUCGACAACCACACUCUACAGCAACGGAAAAUGUCCAGCGAAGAGGACAAACCGCCAGCUCCGCCUGUACGUUUGACGAGCAACCGAGGUGGUGAUCGAGUCGGUGGUGGUUCCCUAAACACGGGUAGUGGUGUAGGCGGCGGUGGUGGUGGCGGCGAUGGGCCACCCGUCGAUAUGCGUCCAUUGCCUAAAGAACCCGAUGAUCCUGAUCGCAAAAAAAAGACAUUGAAGAAUAAGAUAAAAGGCUCAAAGCCCUCGCAUACAGACUCUAAGCCAAAUAUAUCAUAUCCCACGAAUUUCGAGCAUACUGUGCAUGUGGGUUUCGAUGCGGUCACCGGGGAAUUUACGGGCAUGCCGGAGGCGUGGGCACGCCUGCUGAUGAACUCGAACAUCAGCAAGCAAGAACAAAAGAAUAAUCCACAAGCUGUGCUGGAUGUGCUCAAGUGGUUUGACAAUACAACAAAGCAGCGGCCAAGUUCCAAGUACAUGACAAAUGCCAUCACGACGCAUUCAGGCUCCUCGUUAAGUCGUGUUAGCAGCAGCAGUCCCAGCAGCACACCAACUGACUCUGAGUUGCACGCCUCGAACAGUGGCGGUAAUUUGAUUGGCGUUAACCUGAGUAAUCUAAGCCUUGGCGGUCCAAAUGCCAAUUCUAAUGCGAAUACGGUGGGAUUGAUAGGUCAAUUGGGGGGCAGCGUUGGUGGUGGUAUUGGUGUACCGACUGUGCAUGGGAAUCACCAUCAGACGCAUGGCGGCGUUUUGAGUCAGUCGCAUUCGUAUAACUUUGGUGGCAAUACUGCCUCCUCAUCUUCGCAACAUUCGUCCGCCAAUGAAGAUGACAUACUUGGUGCACCACAACCGGCGCCACCGCCGAUUGCGUCGCGACCUGAACGUACGAAAUCAAUCUAUACGCGUCCGAUUGAGGGAGUGAGUGGAGUGUCGGAGGGUAUCGACCAUUUUCGAGCGGCCACACCAACUACACCGUUGCAUCAACAAAUACAGCAGCAUCAGCAUCAACACCAACAUCAGAAUAAUGUGGCGCAACCGCAACAGCAACAAUACCGCACGCCGAAUAACGCAAUUACGGCCACCGCAGCCGCCGCCGCCGCAACAGCAGUAACAACUGUGACAACAACAUUGGAUAAGAACAAAAAUAACGAAACUGCACCGAUCAAUGCAGCAGUGGCGCAACAGCAACAAGGCACCACAACGGCAACGGCACAAUUGGUGACUCCAUCCACGGUGGCACCGAACACAGCGGCGGCCACACAGCCACGUUCCGGCACCGCCAAGAAAAAGAAAAUGUCUGAUGAGGAAAUAUUGGAGAAGCUGCGAACCAUCGUUUCGGUAGGCGACCCGAAUCGCAAAUACACAAAAAUGGAAAAGAUUGGACAGGGGGCUUCGGGCACUGUGUAUACAGCGAUUGAAUCCUCAACCGGCAUGGAGGUAGCCAUCAAGCAGAUGAACUUAUCGCAACAGCCGAAGAAGGAACUGAUCAUCAACGAAAUUCUUGUGAUGCGAGAGAAUAAACAUCCGAAUGUGGUGAACUAUUUGGACAGCUAUUUGGUGUCCGAGGAGUUGUGGGUGGUGAUGGAAUAUCUGCCUGGUGGUUCAUUGACCGAUGUCGUCACGGAAACGUGCAUGGAUGAAGGUCAAAUAGCAGCAGUAUGUCGUGAAGUGCUGCAGGCAUUGGAGUUUCUUCACUCCAACCAGGUGAUACACCGUGACAUCAAAAGUGAUAACAUACUGCUCGGCCUCGACGGUUCGGUGAAGCUAACUGAUUUUGGUUUCUGCGCGCAAAUCUCGCCGGAACAGUCGAAACGCACAACCAUGGUGGGUACACCGUACUGGAUGGCGCCAGAAGUGGUAACACGCAAACAAUACGGCCCAAAGGUUGACUUGUGGUCACUCGGUAUUAUGGCAAUUGAGAUGGUUGAGGGUGAGCCGCCCUAUUUGAACGAGAACCCAUUGAAAGCCCUGUACCUCAUUGCCACAAAUGGCAAGCCGGAAAUUAAGGAGAAAGAGAAAUUAUCGACAGUAUUUCAAGAUUUUCUAGAUCAGUGUUUGGAGGUUGAUGUCGAGAGACGUGCGAGUGCGCACGAUUUGUUGAAGCAUCCUUUCCUGAAAUUAGCACGUCCAUUGGCUAGCCUAACGCCUCUAAUUAUGGCUGCCAAAGAAGCCGCUAAAGGAAACUGAUUAAAGAAGAAUUAAUUUAAUUUACGCGAAAGUGAUGAAAUUAGAACUUAAACACUUGAAUAAAAAAUAAUAAUAUACAUAUAAAUAUAAAAACAACCACUACUACUAGGAAUGAAAAAAAAUUGUAAUACACAAAACACAAACACACAAGGCAACACGAGUAGACCAACACAUACACACUUGCAAAGCUGCAGUUUAUACAUACAUAUUAUAUUUAUAUACAUAUAUAUAUUAAUUAUGUAUUUAAACGUUUUAUAAGGCGUGAAAAGAGAGCAGGAAGCCCAUUAAAUUAUACUAUACCUAUAUCUAAACAUAAAGUGAUCGAGUGGUACACAGAAAAAUGAAAAACAAAAGCAAGGUGAAAAUGCGAAAGCGAAAUUGGAAAAAAGGGUUACAAGAAAGAGGAGGAUUAAAAAUUAUAAAUAUGCGGAAUCGUAAUUAUUAUUGUCAUUUAAUAUUGCUUAAUGUUUUAAAACACAGUUAGAGAGCUUAAAUAAACUUUUCAAAAAUUAACGCUUCUCUGGCAAAGUGCCAGUGUUGAACAUUUUCAGGAAUCCAUCUUUGUUUUUAAUUUCAUAUACAAAACUUGAUCAUUUUGUUGAGAGUGAAAAAUAAUUGAAUUGAUACAAUUGCCGACUCUCACACAUUUCUUACACUUCGCAAGGCACCAUAUGUAUUUUCAAUCGAAAUAUAACUCAAUUCGCGUAAAUUUAUUGGAAGAAAUUAAUUUUUCAUACGUUUAAGAUUUCAUCUCCAAACAAUUUAGAGAGGCGUUGUAAAUGCCAUUUUAAGUAAGUUUUUAUUUUAUUUUAAUUACUCUUUAUUUGAUUAAUUAUUGUUGUUAGUACUUUAACAUGAGAACAAAUAAAUACAUACAAGAAACAUACAUUUAACAGAGAAACUGAGACAAUUUUUGUAAGACUACGUCAUUCUAACUGCAUACAACUUAAUUAUAAUUAGCAUUUUAUACAUAAUUAUAAAUUAUAAUUAACGAAAGUUAAGUAAAGAAGAAAACAAGAACAAGUGACAUCUAAAACCGCUCUACUGACAUUUUUAUUUAUAUAAUAUA